CUGUCUCGCCUAGUCCCGCGCAGUUUUGGCGCGAAGACAUCAGCUGCUGAGUGGCGGAAAGAUGUCUUGGCCGAUCGCAGAGGCUGAGGGAAGGGCGGGCUCCAAACAGUGUCCUGAGGUUCAGGUGAAUGAAUAUAAAGAAAAUGAAAACCUUGCUUAUACGACUCUGAAACCAAUACAGACUACAACUUUAGGAAAAGCAAUCAAGGUUUAUCUUUCUCCCUUUUCGCUCAGUAAUUAUAAAUUAGACCCACCUAAAUUGUCCAAAUCCCUAUUAGCAAAGAAUUCUAACAAUGUAGUGGUGUGUAAGAAGACUAAACUAAAGAAAAAUUGCAGAGAAUUUUUAACUCCAAAGAGAGAAUUAACUGUGCAAAAGUCAUCCCUGGAUACUUAUACUGAAAGUAACAAGCUGGAACACAAGAGCAGUUCAGAUUUGGUGACUCCCAGUGGGGAUAUGGAGAGCAGUGAUGAGGACACCACACCAGGCCUGGAUGAUUUUUCAGGAUUGUCACCAUAUGAGAGGAAAAGAUUGAAGAAUAUCAGAGAAAAUGCAAACUUUUUUGCUUCUCUUCAGUUAUCUGAGUCAGCUACAAGGCUCCGUGAAAUGAUAAAGAAGAGACAGCCUACUGAAUCCAAGAGAAAGAGGCCUAGGAAGAAAGAAAAUGAGAUUGGAUGUCGAAGGUCCAUGCGGUUGCUGAAAGUAGAUCCUUUAGGAGUUUCGUUACCAGAAAUUCCAGCACAGCUGGCAUUAAUAGAAGAGGAAAAGCCUUUGUUACCUCCUGGGCCUUUAGAAAUGAUUCCUGAAAAUCAAGAUGACAGAAAUGAACUGUUCAAAAUGGUUUUGAAGACAUGGACAGAGAUGAGCAAGACAUGUACUGAGAACACUGAGAAGGGGUUGUCUAGCAUUAAAAGCUACAAAGCCAAUUUAAGUGGUAUGAUCAUUAGUGGAGAUACUGUUCGAAAACUUACCAAAGGCUCAAUAAACUCUGUGGCCAUCCAUCCAUCAGAAACUAGAACCUUGGUAGCAGCUGGAGCCAAAUCUGGACAAAUUGGGCUUUGGGAUUUGACUCAACAAUAUAAAGAAAAUGGGAUAUAUGUUUUUUAUCCCCAUAGUCAGCCUGUUGGCUCUCUUUACUUCUCACCUGCCCAUCCAGCCCACCUACUGUCACUGAGCUAUGACGGCACUUUACGGUGUGGGGACUUUUCCAGUGCUGUUUUUGAAGAGGUAUAUAGAAAUGAAAGAAGUAGCUUUUCCUCCUUUGACUUCUUGACAGAAGAUGGUUCCACUUUACUAGUGGGACACUGGGAUGGACAUUUGUCACUGGUCGAUAGACGAACACCUGGAAAUUCUUAUGAGAAUAUUUUUAAUUCUUCUAUGAAAAAAAUAAGAACUGUUCACGUCCACCCCAUGCUCAGACAGUAUUUCAUCACUGCAGGAUUGAGGGAUGUUCACAUUUAUGAUGCCAGACACUUGAAUUCCAGGGGAAGCCAGCCUUUGAUUUCUUUGACUGAACAUACAAAGAGCAUUGCUUCAGCCUAUUUUUCACCUGUUACUGGUAACAGAGUGGUCACCACAUGUGCUGACUGUAAGCUGAGAGUCUUUGACAGCAGUUGUAUAUCCUCCCAGAUUCCUCUCCUCACUACCAUCAGGCACAACACUAUCACUGGGAGAUGGCUAACAAGGUUCCAAGCUGUGUGGGAUCCUAAACAAGAAGAUUGCUUCAUAGUUGGCAGCAUGGCCCAUCCACGGCGGGUAGAUGUCUUCCACGAGACAGGAAAGAAUGUGCAUUCUUUUUUUGGAGAGUGUCUAAUGUCUGUGUGUUCCCUCAAUGUUAUGCAUCCUACUCGGUAUAUUCUGGCUGGAGGUAAUUCCAGUGGGAGGUUACAUGUGUUUAUGAAUUAAGAAAGUUGCUGAGUUUCUGGGGUAGGUUUACCUAUUUGUUCAAAUUGUUCUCCGGCUUAAGGAACCUGGUGAUUCACUUAGCUGAGUGUGUCUGUUCAGUAAUCUGUUAAAUUUAGCCAGUUUAAGAUUGCUUGAUUAGUAAGAGUAAUGUAGAACGUCUGUUCAUAAGGGAGAAACUUGGAGGCUGUUUUGGAGGAUGAGGAAGGAAUUGAAGCAGAGGCUGGGAUGCAUUCAGCACUUUUUGUUUGUUUUGAGACAAGAUUAUAUGGAGCCCAAGUUGGCCUCAAACUCACUAUGUAGCCAAGAAUAACCUUGAACUCCUGAGCCUCCUGCUCUACCUCCCAAGUGCUGGGAUUUCAGGUAUGUAUCGCUGUACUUCAGCGUCUUUUAGCACCUUUUAAAUAAAAUUAUUUUUACUUUUUAUUUACGUGUGUGUGUGUGUGUGUGUGUG